GCCCGAGGGGGCGGAGAGGAGGGGGCCGCGGCCCGGCGGCCGGGCGGCCGGGGGGCGGCGUCCCCCCUCAAAACCGCCUGCAAAGAGCUCGGGGCUGCAGAAGCAGGCCGCCGGCUCCGCGGAGCAAGCCGCUUGUCCCGGGGCUGAACGAGCGCGCCGGGCUGCCAGGCAGCGCCGCGGUUGCUAGUGGGCGCCGGUGCCCUCGGCGCUGGGCUCGGGCUCACCAUGCCCCUGAGGGGCCGGGCUGCCGGGCACAAGCGGAUCCCCGGCUUGCCCCCGCCUCGACGCGCUCGGAUUAGCUGUAGCCGGCACCCAAGGAUUUGAAUCCGGACUCCGGCAGGGAGCGCGCCUAGGCCGACCUCCGAGUGGCGGCCCCGCGGCCAACAUGCUUCGAAAAGGGUGCUGUGUGGAACUCUUGCUGCUGCUGCUGGCUGGGGAGCUGCCCCUGGGCGGCGGCUGCCCGCGAGACUGCGUGUGCUACCCGGCACCCAUGACGCCGGUCAGCUGCCAGGCGCACAACUUCGCCGCCAUCCCCGAGGGCAUCCCAGAGGACAGCGAACGCAUCUUCCUGCGGAACAACCGCAUCACCGUCCUCCAGCAGGGCCACUUCAGCCCGGCUAUGGUCACCCUGUGGAUCUACUCCAACAGCAUCACCUUCAUUGACCCCAACACCUUCGAGGGCUUCGUGCACCUGGAGGAGCUGGACCUUGGCGACAACCGGCAGCUGCGGACGCUGGCGCCGGAGACCUUCCAGGGCCUGGUGAAGCUGCAGGCCCUCUGCCUCUCCAAGUGCGGGCUCAGCGCCCUGCCCGCAGGCAUCUUCGGCGUGCACAGCCUGCAGUACCUCCACCGGCAGGACAAUCACAUCGAGUACCUCCAGGACGACAUCUUCGUGGACCUGGUCAACCUCAGCCACCUGUUCCUCCAUGGCAACAAGCUGUGGAGCCUGGGCCGGGACAUGUCCCGGGGACUCGUGAACUUGGACCGGCUGCUGCUGCACGAGAACCAGCUGCAGUGGGUCCGCCACAAGGCUUUCCACGACCUCCGCCGGCUGACCACCCUCUUUCUCUUCAACAACAGCCUGUCGGAGCUGCAGGGCGACUGCCUGGCGCCCUUGGGAGCCCUGGAGUUCCUCCGCCUCAACGGGAAUGCCUGGGACUGCGGCCGCCGGGCGCUCUCGCUGUGGGAACGGCUGCGGAGGUUCCGCGGCUCCAGCUGCGGUCCCCGCUCUGCGGUCCCCUGCGCCUCCCCCGAGGCGCGCCAAGGCCAGGACCUGAAGCUGCUGAGGGCCGAGGACUUCCGGAACUGCACGGGGCCAGCCUCGCCGCACCAGAUCAAGUCGCACACGCUCACCACCACCGACAGGGCCGCUCGCAAGGAGCACUACCCGCCCCGCGGCCCCGCCAGGGACAAGGGCCACCCUCAUGGCCACCUGCCCGGCUCCCGCCCAGGCUACAGGAAGCCCGGCAAGAACUGCACCAGCCACAGGAAUCGCAACCAGGUGUCCAAGGCGGGUGCCGGGAAGCAGGCCCACGAGCUGCAGGACUACUCCCCUGACUACCAGCACAAGUUCAGCUUUGACAUCCUGCCCACCACCCGGCCCAAGAGGAAGGGCAAGUGUGCCCGCAGGACCCCCAUCCGUGCCCCCAGCGGGGUGCAGCAGGCCUCUUCGGGCAGUUCCCUGGGAGCCUCCCUCCUGGCCUGGAUACUGGGGCUGGUGGUCACUCUUCGCUGAGGACCUGGGCCACCAGCACCCAGUACUGCCACACGUCCACCAAGGAACAGAAUCUCUUUUCUUUUUUUGAACAAGUGGAGGGUCUGCUGGGUUUCGGGCAAAGGCUGGUAAAGGCUUCAGCUGCUGUCUGGGCCCUGCCCCCGUGGAUUAUAAAACCCAAAGUGUACAGUCCCAAAGUGGGAAGGGAUUUGAGCAUCACACCCAGCUGUCCCGGCCAGGCCCUGGUGAGCGCCCGCAGACAGCAUCCAUCCGGCAAGGCAGUUAAAGCACGCAAAAUGAAUCCUUCAUUAGCAA